AUUUCGUUGCAGACUCCUUCCUACGGAAGAAAUCAGGUUCGGAAGUUCGUAAUCUGAUCUGAAUCGAGAUAUUUUGAUAUCGGAAAUUUGGAAGGAAUUUUUGCAAUGGAAAUGGAGAGAUCAGUGAGUUACGAGAGCGAUUUGAAUUUCAAGGCAACUGAGUUGAGGUUAGGGUUGCCGGGUAGUGAUGAGACUGAGAAGCAAUCGACUCCUUGUGUUAGGGGCCACAAGAGAGCUUCAUCGGAGAUUUCCGAGGAGUCUAAGGGCAGUUCAAAAGUCACAGACACUGCUCCACCUCCUGCAAAGGCACAUAUUGUUGGAUGGCCGCCGGUCAGAUCUUACAGGAAAAAUUGUUUUCAGAAAAACGAAGGUGAAGGAGUUGGGAAGUUUGUGAAAGUAAGCAUGGAUGGAGCUCCUUAUCUCAGGAAGAUAGAUCUUGGGGUUUACAGAAGCUACUCAGAGCUCCUCAAGGCGUUGGAAAACAUGUUCAAGCUCACCAUUGGUGCCUACUCAGAGAGGGAAGGGUAUCAUGGAUCUGAAUAUGCUCCUACAUAUGAAGACAAAGAUGGUGACUGGAUGCUUGUUGGAGAUGUUCCGUGGGAAAUGUUCAUAUCUUCCUGCAAGAAGUUGAGAAUCAUGAAGGGUUCAGAAGCUAGAGGCUUGGGCUGCAGUGCAUGAAAUCCUAAAGGACCGAAAUGUUUUACCAAGAUGCAGCAAGAGAGGCAAUUUUGUUGGAUUUUUAAAGCUUAUUUUGGUCCCUGAGUCUUUGAAUGUCCGAGUUUCUCUUAAUUUUCUAAUACAGUAUGUGGUACAGA